GCAUCGCUUUGGACAGAACAUCGUUCACCAACUGGACGACUCUAUUGGUACAAUGCCACCACGUCAACAUCCUCAUGGGAGCGUCCUGACGAUUUAAAAACACCUUCUGAGCGUGCAUUGGCUUCGACACCUUGGAAAGAGUAUCAAACUGCUGAGGGUCGUAAAUACUGGCACCACACCGAAACAAAGGAAACCACUUGGACGCUGCCGGAUGUGGUACGGGAGGCGAUCGAAAAAGCUGCCGCAUCAGCCCCAUCUGCGCCUGUCCCGCCGACCCCUGGUCCACCAGUGUCUUCAACGGCUCCCACAUCCACUCCUGCUUCUGCACCACCGCAUCCUGGUUUUGUACCCGCCACCCAAAACCCCGCGAUGGCUCCGAGCAUGAGACCUCCAGGUUCGAGCACACCCAAUACCUCGUCAGCCCCAGCAGGUUUUGUACCCCCCGCAGCUAGUCUGCCGCCUCGUCCAGUCACUUCCAUCCUGCACUCGGCACCGGUCCCUACACCCGUUACAACCACUCUGCCGGACUUCAAGACUCCUGAAGAAGCAGAGCGCGCUUUCAUCGGCCUUCUUCGAGUGAAAGGUGUUAAUCCUACCUGGACUUGGGAACAAACAAUGCGAGAUAUCAUUACCGAACCUCUCUACAAAGCCCUCGACACUCUGGCCGCUCGUAAAGCUGCGUGGGAAAAAUUCAUUGAUAACGAGCGCAAGCGAGAGAAAGAAAACAGAGAGAAGAAUAUCACUCGUGUCCGGGCAAGAGUUGAGAUCAAGUUGCCCGGAGCUCCACCAAAACUCUGGUGGACUUACGAGCGUCUCAAAAGGGAGAUGGAAUUGCGCGCUCCUGACGUUUGGAAACUUGCCCGGGACGACGAAGAGCGCAAAAUCUUAUGGGAAGACUACUUGACUGACCUCCGACAGAAGGAAACAACGGCCGCCAAUCAAUUACGGGGCAGACAGCAGGAAAAAUUAACAGACUUGUUGAGGGCUCAUGAAGAAAAGUUGGAUUUAUCUGGCGACCUUGAGACUAUGCAAUGGCGUGUUGCCCAAGAAGCGAUCUUGCGCAGCGAAUUUUUCCAAAACGACGACGAUUUGCGAAAGAUGGACGACCUCGACAUGCUGAUGGUGUUUGAAGAAGAAGUCAAGCGAGCCGAGAAAGAUUCGAACGCAACGAAAGCCAAACAGAAGGAAGACAAACGACGCGCUUACCGGAAGGCUCGGGCCGCAUAUAUCCAACUACUACAUGAACUGAAACUAAAAGGCGAAAUUCAACCUGGCGCUAUGUGGAAAGAGGUCUACCCUCUUAUAGAAGCUGACGAGCGAUACCAAAAUUUAGUUGGAAACCCGGGUAGCUCUCCACUUGAGUUGUUCUGGGACCUAGUGGACGAUCUAGAUCAAGAAACUGAAGAAAAAGCCAAAAUCGUCCAGGGCAUUUUGGCUGAUCAACAAAAAACUAUCACUGAGACCACGGAACUCGAUCAAUUCUUAAGUUGGCUCGAUGGUCAUGCAGAUGCAGCGGUUCUGGACAAAAAGACUUUGACGUAUGUCUUCAUAAUGUUACAUGAUGAUGUCGUUCGAGUGGCUAAAGAGGAAAGGCGGAGAUUCGAGAAACGUUUGCGCAACCAGAUUGAAGACUUGCGAUAUGCACUUAAAAAGUUGUCGCCACCAAUCGAGCUAGAUACGCCUUAUGAAGAAGCUAUCGAGCGUUUUUCGCAUAUGCAAGAAUACAAGUCACUUGAUGGGCAAGAGGAUGGUCGGAAGGAAGCCUUUAGCAGGUAUAUGGAGCGUUUGAAGGAGAAAGCUACCUUGGAAGAAAAGAGAAAUAAGCGAAAAGAUGAUGAUCCUCCAAGAGCCGAUUACAGAAAGAAAUCCUUACUCCAACAUUCAGACGACGAAGGAAGUAUCAUAUCAAGUUCCAAGCGCAAAAAGAGGGACUUAUUAGAUGAGGAUAAGCCUAACCGACAUUCCUCACCUCGAAGCGGUCGACGUGAUGACAUACAUUCCUCUCCCCGGGCUCCGAAGGACUCGCGCGAAGACAGAGACCACGACCGGGGUAAAGAGCGUGAUCGGAAUGGGGCAAGGGAUCGUGAUUAUGAUCGUGAGAAGGAUACCCCUCGGGAUCGUGCGCGUAGUAAGGCACCCGCUAGGGGAGCAGACGUGGAACCUGAAGCAGAACGAGAUCAUCCGAAGGAGGAUAUUCGGAAUCUGGAUUCAGAUCGAUCCAGGAAUCGGGACAGAGAUAGAGAUAGAAGCCGAGAUACGAACCGUGACCGUGACCGUGACCGCGACCGCGACCGCACUCGAGACCGAGAUCACAGAGACCGCACGAAAGACCGUCCCGAUGAUCGUGAUCGAGCUCGUACGUCCAUAUCUCAGACGGAUGAUAGAGAUCGACGAAGGAAAGACUUCGACACGGAUCGACAUAACCAGAGGCACCAUCGCUCACGCAAAGAUCGUGACUACGAUGAGCGCGACCGCGAUCGUCAUCGAUCCAGCCGAUAUGAAGAUGAAGAUGGACCUGUUCCCGAAAAGAAAUCUGAAGGAAUUAAAGACGGCCGGGCUGAUUUGGUCGACAAAAGAGCUCGAAGUACUGAGCUCGCCGAUAACCUCACUCGGCCCGUAAACAAUGAAGAAGAGCGUGAAUUGAAAGUAAGUUGA